AUGGCGUGGGAUUACUUGGGCAGCAACAUGAUGGUCACCAGUCUCCCUUAUCUCUCCCUCUCCAGCUUGACCGGGAGGGAGGUCCUGACACCCUUCCCAGGGCUGGGCACGGUGGCAGCCCCGGUGCAGGGCAGGGCCCACCUGAAGCAGUGUGACCUGCUGAAGCUGUCCCGCAGGCAGAAGCAGCUAUGCCGGCGGGAGCCUGGCCUGGCUGAGACCCUGCGGGACGCUGCACAUCUCGGCCUGCUUGAGUGCCAGUUCCAGUUCCGGCAUGAGCGCUGGAACUGCAGCCUGGAGGGGAGGACAGGUCUGCUCAAGAGAGGUUUCAAGGAGACGGCUUUCCUGUACGCGGUGUCCUCGGCUGCCCUCACACAUGUCCUGGCCCGGGCCUGCAGCGCUGGGCGCAUGGAGCGCUGCACCUGCGAUGACUCUCCGGGCCUGGAGAGCCGGCAGGCCUGGCAAUGGGGUGUGUGUGGCGACAACCUCAAGUACAGCACCAAGUUCCUAAGCAACUUCCUGGGGCCCAAGAGAGGAAGCAAGGAUCUGCGGGCACGGGCAGAUGCCCACAACACCCAUGUGGGCAUCAAG